AUGGCUGAAUUGCUUAAGAAGACAUUUGCCAACGCAAAGGCAGAAAAUCGCAAUGCGCUAGUUACGUUUAUCACCGCUGGCUACCCUACCGUGGAAGAUACAAUUCCAAUUUUGAAAGGUUUUCAAGACGGUGGUGUCGAUAUUAUUGAGCUUGGUCUCCCAUUCUCAGAUCCCAUUGCUGAUGGGCCUACCAUUCAAGUUGCAAACACUACUGCAUUGAACAAUGGUGUUACAAUGGCCAAGACGUUGAACAUGGUGAGGCAAGCAAGAGCGGAAGGUGUCACAGUCCCAAUAAUUUUAAUGGGUUACUACAAUCCAAUUUUAAGUUACGGUGAAGAAAAAUUCAUCAUUGAGGCUGCUGAUGCUGGUGCAAGUGGUUUCAUUAUUGUUGAUUUACCUCCUGAGGAAGCUAUCAAGGUCAGAAACUACGUGAGCAACAACGGUUUAAGUUUGAUCCCAUUGGUGGCUCCUUCUACUACCGACGAGAGAUUAGAGCUACUGUCACGUAUUGCGGACUCUUUCAUUUACGUGGUGUCCAGAAUGGGUACCACCGGUGUUCAGAACGCUGUCUCUACGGACUUAGCUGCUCUAGUGAAUCGUGUGAGGAAAUACGCCAAAGAAACUCCUCUGGCUGUUGGGUUUGGUGUUUCUACCAGAGAACAUUUUACAACAGUAGGAAGUGUUUCUGAUGGUGUUGUAAUUGGUUCCAAGGUUGUGAGCUUGUUGGGAGAGGCCAAGCAAGGUGAACGUUACGAUGCAGCCAAAAAAUACGUCGAAGAAAUCCUAGACGGUAAAAAACAUCAUAUAUUCACUGCAGAGGAGUUCAAGGCCCUGCAGGAAAAAUCCAUCAUUGAGGGCAAGAACAGAAAAUCGGAUGGUGAUGAAUUCAAAGAAAAGCACAAGUUUUGCGCUACGUUUGGUGACUUUGGUGGUCAGUAUGUUCCAGAGGCUCUUCAUGCGUGUUUGAGGGAAUUGGAGCAAGGCUUUGAGAGCGCAGUGGCUGAUCCUAUCUUCUGGAAGGAAUUUAAAGAUUUGUAUUCGUACAUUGGACGUCCUUCCUCCCUACAUAAGGCCGAAAGACUGACCGAACAUUGUGGUGGUGCCCAAAUUUGGCUAAAGAGAGAAGACUUGAACCACACUGGUUCUCACAAGAUUAACAAUGCCUUGGCACAAGUGUUGAUUGCGAAAAGGCUAGGUAAGAAAAAAAUUAUUGCAGAAACUGGUGCAGGCCAGCACGGUGUGGCGACAGCAACUGCCUGUGCUAAAUUCGGUUUGCAGUGCACAGUAUUUAUGGGUGCCGAGGACGUCCGUCGCCAAGCUUUGAAUGUUUUCAGAAUGCGUAUCCUAGGUGCUGAAGUUGUUGCCGUCACAAAUGGUACGAAGACGCUUAGAGAUGCAACCUCAGAGGCUUUCCGUUUCUGGGUAUCAAAUUUGCAGACUACACAUUAUGUCGUAGGAUCUGCCAUUGGCCCACAUCCUUAUCCUACGCUUGUUCGGACCUUCCAGUCCGUUAUCGGUAACGAAACGAAGGAACAAUUUGCAAAAUUGAACGACGGUAGAUUACCAGACGCAGUUGUUGCAUGUGUAGGUGGCGGAUCGAACUCAAGUGGUAUGUUUUCUCCAUUUGAAAAAGAUUUGUCGGUAAAAUUGCUGGGUGUGGAAGCAGGUGGUGAUGGUGUUGAUACCGCUCACCAUUCGGCAACCUUAACAGUAGGAAGACCGGGUGUGUUCCACGGUGUCAAAACUUACGUUUUGCAAGAUAACGAUGGUCAAGUUCAUGAUACACACUCCGUCUCGGCGGGUUUGGACUAUCCAGGUGUUGGUCCUGAAUUAGCUGCUUGGAAAGCAUCUGGUCGUGCCGAGUUUGUUGCUGCGACUGACGCUCAAGCAUUGGAAGGCUUCAAACUACUUUCUCAAUUAGAGGGUAUUAUCCCAGCACUGGAAUCCUCCCAUGCUGUUUACGGUGCUGUUCAGUUGGCUAAAACUAUGAAACCAGAUCAACAUAUCGUUAUCAACAUUUCAGGUAGGGGUGACAAAGAUGUUCAAAGUGUUGCUGAAGUUUUGCCUAAGUUAGGACCUCAGAUAGGCUGGGAUUUGAGAUUUGAGGAAGAUCCAACUGCCUGA